AUGGCUGCGGUCCUGACCCGCCGCGCUGUUGACUACGACUUCUCCGCCACUGCUGACGCUGGAGCUACAUGCUCGAGCUUUGCCAGCAGCUGGGCACUCUCGGUCAGCAUUCUCCAGCAGCUGAACCCUGGAAUCACCUGUUCAAAUCUCGAUACUAGCAAGUCAUACUGCGUGGCUGGCACCGCCACAGAUGACCACUCGAGCACUACAUCCACCACUGCUGCCAGCACCACCACCACCACCCAGUCCGCAACUACCACUGAGACGGCGCCCAGCAACUCCCCCACUAUGUCCGGCAUCGUAGGCAGCUGUGAUGACUUCCACAAGGUCUCACCUGGGGAUCAGUGUAACACCAUUGCCACGAAGCAUGCUAUCAGCGAAGCCCAGCUCAAGAGCUGGAACAGCCAGACCAACGACAGUACUUUCCACCUAAUUAAGGACGGUGACAACUGCUGGUCGAUAAAUACGGAUGCGGGGAUCACGUUGACGCAGUUCCGUGCUUGGAACACGCAGAUCGACACGGCGUGCAGUAACCUGUGA